AACUAUUGCCUCUUCAACUACUGUCUGACUAUAUAUUCAGGUUGCUCAGUGUUAGAUGUUAACAUCUACGAAUUUAGAGAAAAGCAAAGUGGGCCCUUUCGAUUUACUCUUGUUACUUACAUGUGCAUUUCAUUACAUUUUAUACGCUUUAUCGUAGUUGAGUCGUAGAAGAAAUAAAGACACUGCGUUGUACCGAGGAUCCAUACGAUAGUGGUUUCAAAUAUGAGGACGGGGAAUUCUGUUAAAAGAUCGUCGCUGCGUGCAGCCUCUCCUCAAAGUGACGAAUCGCCGGAGAAGAUAAGAAGAAUGUCAUUAAGGCUGAAAGGUACAGCAAGAAAAACAAAAUCUGUUAAAAAUGACACCUCUUCUUUACGUGCUGUCAUUUCUGAUAAUGAUGAAGCGCUGGAGAAGAUAAGAGUGUCAACAAGACAAAAAGGUACAGUAGAAAAGACAAAGUCAAUUAAAAAAGACAGAUCUUUGUGUCCAGUCUCUUCCGAUAGCGAAGAAUCGGCAGAGAUGAUACGAAGAAUGUCACCAAAACAGAAAGGUAUAGGAAGAAAAACAAGAUCUAUUAGAAGUGAGAUGUCUUCGUUGCAUGUGGUCCCCUCGGAUAAUGAGUCGCCAGGGAAGACGAGAAGAUUGUCACCAAGACAAAAAGGUACAGGAGAAAAGACAAAGCCAGUUAAAAAAGACAGAUCUUCAUUACGUUCAAUCUCUUUGGAUAGUGACGAAUCGCCAGAGAAGAUAAGAAGAAUGUCAUCAAGACAGACAGGUAUAGGAAGAAAAACAAGAUCUAUUAGAAGUGACAGAUCUGUGUUGCAUGUGGUCUCUUCGGAUAAUAAUGAGUUACUGGAGAAGAUGAGAAGAGUAUCACCAAGACAAAAAGGUACGGGAGAAAAUACAAUGUCAAUUAAAAAGGACAUAUCAGUACGUUCAGUCUCUUUGGAUAGUGACAAAUCGCCGGAGAAGAUAAGAAGAAUGUCAUUAAGACAGGAAGGUGUAGGAAGAAAAACAAGAUCUAUUAGAAGUGACAGAAGUGUGGUCUCUUCGGAUAAUAAUGAAUCGCCGGAGAAGAUGAGAAGAGAGUCACCAAGACGAGGUACAGGAGGAAAAACAAAAUCAAUUAAAAAUGACAGAUCUUCAUUGGAUGUAGUCUCUUCUGAUAGUGAGGAAUCACUGGAGGAGAUAAGAGCAUCAUCAAGGCAGAAAUAUAGAAGAGGAAAGCCAGCAAUUAAAAAUGACAGUUUAAGUUCUUCAGACAAAGGUUACGGUGGUAGUUCAUGCGGAGAUGAUGCUGAUUGCCAAGGAAGAGAAGAAAAGAAUGCCUCAGAUUCUGGAGUUCUGUGGGCUAAAAGACGCAAGAGUGAAGGUGUGCCUGAUGAAUCAUCAGAAAGUAGUUCUGAUGACUUUCUUGUGCCAACACAGUCAAUUGACUUAAACUCUGAUUUCUUCAAGAUUGAGAAAAAAGAGGUAGCUUCGGACCUUUGUGUGGUAGAAACUAGUAUUCUUGCUAGCAUAAACAGGUUAAGUGAAUCUGACGACUCAGAUGAUUUGCAAGAUUCGACAGCUGAUGAAAUGGAAACAGCGGCAAGCAAGCAAGGACUGCAGAAAGGAAAUGACAUGCUCAAGGAUGAACAUUAUUCUGCUGGACCACUGAGCAUAAGGGUGGAGGAUGUUACUGGCGUUAAACCACCUUCAGUUGGAAGACGAAAGAAGACAUUUAAUGCAAAACUGCAAAAGGCUUCUGAUAAGUGCAGUAAACCAGAGAAAAGUCAGCAAGAAAAGGCACUGGUUAAAUCCAGCCAUUUUAGAGUUGAAACCUCUACCCCUGAUGUAAGUAAAUGGGAUGUUUCACAACUGUUGGCUUUGGGAGAGGGUCUGGACCCUAAACCUAAAUCUGUCAGGAAAACAAAAAAAAGGAAUAUUUCGAAGGAUAUUGUGGAAAGUGAAGAAGAAGGAAGUAGUGAAUGGGAAGAAGUAGAUACCAGUACUUUCAAAGGGCAGGAGAUUAAACACACCAUUCCUAAAGAAGGUAUUGCUGUUACUGUGCAGGUUCCCAACAUGCAUCAGAAAAAGAAGAAGAAAGGCGUUGAUGUGGCAGCGUAUGUAAGGCGUCAAAUAAAUAGAGUACGGAGGGAUAUACAAAUUCUUAUGCAUAAGGCACAUUUGUUAUGUUGGGUUGCUCAUGGAAAUUAUGUGAAUAAAAUUUUGAAUUCAGAAAUGCUAAUGGCAUUGUCAUUGUCCUUGGUACCUUCAAAGUACUGUUAUACUGACAGACAUAUAGAUCUUGCCAAUUUGAAACGAAUUGUUCAAUGGUUUUCAAAAACUGUGGCAGUACAAGAAAAUGUUGAUGAUAAAGAAGACCUCUUCAUUUCAUUGCAGGCACAAUUUCAAAAGAAGGCCGCAAAAUCAAGAAAAGACAUGGUACUGAUGUUCGUGUGUGUGUUGCGCUCUUUAGGAAUUAACACAAGGCUUGUAAUAUCUCUGCAGCCCCUGCCACUAAAGCCACCACGGUCAGAAAUAAGUAACUUAACUUUAAAAAAAACAACUUCAAAAGGCAAAAAAAUAAAGGGAGAGUUGAAAAAGAAAGCACAAUCUGGGAGAAAAAAGGAUGCACCAAAUACUUCAAAAGGUCUCAUGGGAGAAGAAAGAGAGAGUGUGACUGAUGAAGAAGCUAUGAGGUUUAUUAAAGAAGGAGCUGCAAAGAAAGUGGCGCAGUCAGGGAAGUCUAAUCAGAAAACAAGCAGUGAAAAUCCUGUAGGCACUAGAAAAAAUUUAAAGUUUGACUCUGCAAGUGAUUCGAGCCGAUCUUUGAGAAUCAGGAGAUCUGUUAUAAAGUAUGCAGAUGAUGGUGACACCACAGACAGUGAUGAAGAAAAAAUUCAGUCUGAACAAGAAAGCAUCAUGGAAACAAAAAUUGCUAAUACAAAUUCUACAGGUUCCAAGAAAACCAUCAGUAUCAAUGCUGAAAAGAUAAUUGCAAAAGAUACAAAGGAGAAUAAAGCAAGCACCUCUUGUACAAUAGCACAUUCUUUCAGUAGUGAAAGUGAUUCUACUGCUGAGAUUAAAGUUCAGAAAAAACGAAAAGGAAAAACUGACCGUAGGGUAUUAUCUUCUGAUGCAGAAUCUGAUGAAACUCCUACAGCAGACACAAAGAAGAAAAAGAAGAAGAAGAAAGACGGAUGUGACGUGUGGUUAGAGGUGUUUUUGGAAUCUGAAGAGAAAUGGAUCUGCGUGGAUGUCUAUCAUCGACAGAUUCACUGUGUGCAAGAACUUGCUUCUCGAGCCAGCCAGCCUGUGCAUUAUGUAGUAGCAUGGCAGGAUGACGGUACCAUCAGAGAUGUGACUCGCCGGUACUGUCCUAAGUGGCAUAUUGUGACACAAAAGCUUCGUGUUGAUGAGGAAUGGUGGAAGGAGUCACUAAAACCAUUUACAGGCCAAAGGACUGCUCGUGAUCAUCAAGAGGAUGAGGACUUGUACCGUCAGCUGCAGGAUCAGCCCAUGCCAACCACUCUUGCAGAGUACAAAAAUCAUCCCCUCUAUGUCCUGAAGAAAGACCUGCUCAAGUUCCAAGCCAUAUAUCCUCCAGAUGCACCUACACUUGGGUUCGUUCGUGGUCACCCUGUUUAUGCUAGGGAAUGUGUCCACACAUUGUACUAUAGGGAAAAAUGGCUGAGAGAAGGAAAAGUAGUAAGGCUUGGUGAAACACCAUACAAGAUAGUGGGACGUCCAAGGUGGGACCGUAUAAAUCGUAAAAUCAUCAGAGGUGUCCCAGUGGAGUAUUUUGGGCCUUGGCAAGUUGAAGACUAUGUCCCACCUACAGCUGUUGAUGGCAAGGUUCCAAGGUGUGCAUAUGGCAAUGUGGAACUGUAUAAACCACACAUGCUUCCUGGAGGCACUGUCCACAUGCAAAUUCCAGGUUUGAAUCGUGUAGCCAGAAAACUGCAGAUAGACUGUGCUCCUGCAAUCACUGGCUUUGGGCAUACCAAUGGAAUAUGGGGUCCUAUCUACGAUGGAUUUGUAAUUUGUGAAGAAUACAAGUAUGUGCUGGCUGAAGCAUGGCAAGCAGAAGAAGAGGCAGCAGAGACGCGCUAUGAAGAGAAGAGGUUAAAACGGAUCUAUGGAAACUGGAGACGAUUAAUCAAAGGUCUCUUCAUAAGAGAACGAUUAAAAGCAAGAUAUAAUUUUGGCCCUGUCAAAGAGAUAACUAUUACCAAAACAAAGACAGCAAAGAGAUUCCUAAAGUCCAAAAGAAUGAAAACUGUUGAUUCUGAUGAUUCAGAUUGGGAAAUGGGAGUGUGUGACUAAAUUUAACUAUUUUUUUAAGGUUGAACUAGUAAUUGGUAACAUUUGAAACAAACUGCUCUAAGAUUUUCUUCUUAAUUUGUUGUAAACGUUUGGUAAAUGUAUAAGUCAUAGAAUUAUUUCACUCAUGAAACAUUGCAUUUAUUUCCAUGAGUUUGUGAAUAUUCUGGUCAAAGUACUGCAAAGAGCUUUUAUGACAGUUAUUAUUUCAUCAUUUAAUUUCUCUACUUCCACUAUUUGCUAUUAUGUGUUGUUACAUUUCUAUUUGCUAGUAUGUAUUGUUACAUUUUAUGACCAGUAUUUGUAUAGUUUUGAAUCUUUCAGUAGCUUUUUGAUGGCUUAUGUUGAGCUUUUGUGUAAUAGUACUUUUGAAAACUAAAUUUUUAUUUUAUGUUUCCCCUUGAAAGUAACAUUUGUCUGUUUUUUGUUUAUAUAAAGUGUGUAAACAAUAAUUGUUUACAAUGCACCACAGUGCUGUGGAUAAAAUCAAGGUGUACAGAUCGAUUCAGGACACUUGUUGUGAAUCAAGCUGGGAAGCAGCUUCAAAUUGGCCUACAAAAGCCAACUGCAUUACAGCGUACUAGUGCCAAGUGACAUUUUGGUUAAAAUCGUCCUUGAAUAUUAAAAAUCCACUUUCUCUUGCACUUGUAAAAUGAUAAUUGUGUGAAUUUUACCUUAAAUUAUUGUGAAUUUUGCAGCAUAAAAUUGACAAUUAAAUUGUUUUGUUUGUGUA